AUGGCCAGGUUGCUAUGGCAAUAUGAGCUCAGUGACUUCUCUUCUCUGUUGUGGAAUGUAGGUGAAAAGAACGGAGCGGAGCCCGAUGAUGCUGAACUAGUAAGGCUCAGCAAGAGGCUGGUGGAGAACGCAGUGCUCAAGGCUGUGCAGCAGUAUCUGGAAGAAACCCAAAACAAAAAGCAGCCAGGGGAGGGGAGCUCUGUGAAAGCUGAAGAGGCUGAUCGGAAUGACAAUGACAGUGAUAACAACAGGAAAUGAGAUGGGACCCUGUCCCCACUGCUCCUUGGGAAGCAUCCCUGCCUCCUCUGCUAAGUCUGGGGACUGAGCUAAGGUGUGCUGUUUGUCUCUUGCCCAGUCCAUGAGAUUGCUAACAUGUUCGUGAUCACCGUGUUUGCAUUGCUGGAACACAACAGAAGAGGAAAUUAAGUUACGACAGAAGAAUGGCCCAAGUGUCACGUGCCUCAGCCACGCACAAGGGAGAGGAGGAAUUUGGGUUAUGCCUCCAGGACUCAAAGGCCGUGGGAGAGGCCUUGCCACCAAUGAAAUACCGCCAUUUAUAUUGCUUAAGGCAUUUGACUACUUUAUCUGAGGUCAAACACACACAGCUAUCAAGUGCUAAAUUUAAAGUCAUUACUGUUGAA